AUGGCGGAGGCUAUGGAUCUGGGCAAAGACCCCAACGGGCCCACCCACUCUUCGACACUGUUCUUGCGGGACGAUGGCAGCUCCAUGGCCUUCUACGUGCGGCCCAGCCCGGCCAAGCGGCGGCUGUCGACGCUCAUCCUGCACGGCGGCGGCACCCUGUGCCGGGUGCAGGAGCCGGGCGCGGUGCUGCUGGCCCAGCCCGGGGAGGCGCUGGCCGAGGCCGCGGGCGACUUCAUCUCCACGCAGUAUGUCCUGGACUGCGUGGAGCGCAACGAGCGCCUCGCGCUGGAGGACUACCGCCUGGGCCCGGCAGCCGACCCGGCCCUGGAGGCCAAGGCCGAGGCCACCGCCGCCUCCGAGCCCGAGCCCGAGCCGCUCACGGGGCGGAUCGCCUUCACCGAGGCCGACGACGUGGCCAUCUUGACCUACGUGAAGGAAAACGCGCGCACGCCCAGCUCGGUGACCGGCAUAGCCCUGUGGAAGGCGAUGGAGAAGAGCGCGCUGACGCUGCACCCCUGGCAGGCGCUCAAGGACCGCUACCUGAAGCACCUGCGAGGCCAGGAGCACAAGUACCUGCUGGGCGACGCCCCCGUGAGCCCGGCCUCCCAGAAGCUCAAGCGCAAGGCGGAGGAGGACCCCGAGGCCGCCGACAGCGGGGAACCGCAGAAUAAGAAAACUCCAGAUUUGCCUGAAGAAGAGCCUGAGAAGGAAGAGAUCAAGGAGAAUGAAGAAGCAGUAAAAAAAAUGCUUAUAGAAGCCACUCGGGAGUUUGAGGAAGUUGUGGAAGAGAAUGAGAGCCCUGGUUUUGAAAUACACAUAACAAUGUGUGAUGGUGAUCCACCCACACCCGAGGAAGACUCUGAAACACAGCCUGAUGAGGAAGUCGAGAAAGUGUCUCAGCCCGAGGUGGGAGCUGCUAUUAAGAUUAUCCGGCAGUUAAUGGAAAAGUUUAACUUGGAUCUGUCAACAGUUACACAGGCUUUCCUUAAAAACAGUGGUGAACUGGAGGCUACUUCGUCCUUUUUAGAGUCUGGACAGAGAGCUGAUGGGUACCCUAUUUGGUCCCGACAAGAUGACUUAGAUUUGCAAAAAGAUGAUGCAGGGACUCGAGAUGCAUUGGUUUCAAAGUUUGGUGCUCAGAAUGUAGCCAGGAGGAUUGAAUUUCGAAAGAAAUAA